UUGUAAAGAAUGAGAAAAGAUAUGGCAGAAAAUCCAAGCCUGAUAACUCAUAUUCUGAAGACUUAUUCUCUGGCGAUGAUGAAAGUCUUGUUAGCAGUCGACCUGAGAGUCGUACAAAUACCACAGUUAUGACAAAUGGUAUUAGUGAUGUCAGUCAUGAUGAGGAAACACAUACCAAGGAAAGAGGGAAAGUGAACAGAAAAUUGUCAAGUAGAAAAAGCAGUUUGAGAAACAGUAUCCGCAGACAUAACUCAAUAAGAUGGCAGAAGAAACCMAGUAUAGACAGAACCACAUCACAUGAAGAGAUAGAAAUCCUKGAAGCAAGUGGAGAAAUGAGAUCAACUCAAAGUCCUGUUAAUAUGAACUCAGGAUAUGCAUCACCAGAGCCGUCAGAGGAAGAGCAGCUCAGAGCAAUAUGGAAUGAGGUACAUGUUGGCGCUAAUGGCUUUCUUGACCGUCAUGAACUAGCACUYGUKUGUGAACACAUUGGAAUGGAUUCUAUGAAUGAUCAGGAAAUAACACURCUUUUUGAAGAGCUUGAUGAAGACAAUGAUGGUAAAGUAAGCUUUGAUGAGUUUUUGAAUGGACUGUUUGCUGCUAAAGAUCAUUACAAUAGUCAAGAGAUSAUAGAAGAAGAAAUCAUUGAUUUUCAACAAUCUACACCUUACUCAAAAUCACCUGUAAGUGGACUACCCUCACCUGGAAGACGUAAGAAUUCACAGAUUUCAAGAAUAGAUGAUUUAUUUUUAUCAAGAACUGGUGCCUCAUCUAGCUUUGAUCUGCUGACAAUUUUGGACCCAGAAAAUACAGGGUUUGCAAAGGUUGAAGAUAUWAGAGAUUUAUGGUCAGCACAAGGACUAGAUGAUGCUGUUGAAGUACUUAAGCACAUGGAUGUGGAUGCUGAUGGUAGAGUCAGUUUAAAUCAACUUACGAGCUUAUUGGAAAAUGUUAUUCACGAGCAAAGCGAUGGACUAUCAAACGCUGUGGUUGGUAUUUACAAACAUGAAGUUGUUUUCCUAAGAUCACAUUUAGACCAAAUGACCAACGAAAGAGACGCGUUAAAGGACAAUAUCUUKAAAAUAUCAGAAGAAAAAGAAAUGUUGAUAAAAGAAAGUGAAGACGCAACAAGACAACUGGAACGACUUCACGAAGGACGACUAAGGGAAACGGAAAGUUCAUUUUUGGACAAGAUGCAAGUGCUUCAGCAAACGAUGUCCGAGGAACGAAAUAAGGACCUACUGAAUGCCAGCCAACAUCGCUCAAUGCUCGAAGACUCGCUCAAAAUGACAAAAGGAGAAGAAUCUAGGUUAAGACAGAAACUUUCAGAYGCUGAAGARGAAAUUUUACGUCUCGAGAAGGCAUUAGCAGAAAGCCAGGAUAAAUUAAAUGAAGCUGAUGUCACUCGAGACCGACUUGAGAAAGAGUUAGAUUCCAUGUCAGAUCUUUCUGGAAGGCUUGCKGACUUGGAGAAACAGCAACUGCUGAAACAACAACAAAACAGAAAUGCUAACAAGGGCGUGAGAGAGCUAGAACGAAUAAAUAGGGAACUUCGCGACGAGAACGACGAGCUCCGACUUCAAGUCGAAGGUCUCAUAAAUCAAGUCAACACUUCGGUUAAACGUCGGCCGAGCCAUCGGAAACGACAAAGCGGCGAAAAGGGAGUUCAUAGAGUGGGAUCUGUACUYUCCGACUACACGAAGCCCACRAUUAUUCGACGAAAGAAAGACGGAGGAUCUUCGGAAGAAGACUCKGAAGACGAGGAGGAUCAAGUGGACGGUGACGAUCAAGACACGGAUGAUGAUAUAUCUGUUCCAUGGUCAAUCGAACAGAAUGAAGCUGAGAAGCAGAGCAAUCUCGAAACUAUCAAGAAACUUGAAGCAGAAAUCCUGGAGAAGGACUCAUCGAUAAGCGAACUUCAAGCCAACGCGCAAAACGAGCGACGCGCCAUGGAAUCCAAACUCAAAGAGUUAGCCGAUGAAAUUUCAGCGCAUGAGAAUUCCAUCAAAGAAAAAGACAUAAACAUCCAAAACCUGAAAAAUGAGAUUGAAACACUUCGAAGUAUACACGACUCCAAAGAAGACGGCGCUCAAAAACGAUACGAAACAGAGCUKGCGAAUCUAACGUCUCAGUUUACAGGAGAAAUGGAGCAGCUGCAGUUGUCUUUGGUACAAGAGAAGGAACAACUCGAACACGAGUAUCAAGAMAAGAUGAAAGAUAUGGAGAAGUCGUUUUCGUCUGAGAAGAAGCGAUUGUCGGACGACCUGGAGGGAAACUUCGCGCAAAUGAAAGAAAUGUUGAUUAAUGAGUACGAGAGCGAAAAGUCAGAAAUGGAAGAAGAACAYCAARGUGAAAAAGCAAUGCUUGAGAAAUUYUACAAGAGUGAAUUAGAGACYGCAAAGGAUAAAUUCGACGAAGAGAAAACCAAACUCAUCGAGAAAAUUCAUCUUUUAGAAGAAGAGAAUUCUGAGGGGGAGCUGAAAUUUCUCAAUGAAAAAGCUGCUAUGGAACAGCAAUUUAGGAUAGAAAAAGCAGAAUUGGAAUUAAGCUCCAGUAGUUCGAAGGCAGAGUUCAAUAAAAGUCAGCGAGAUUGGGCAAAUCUUCGSGUUGAGCUCGAGAAAGGCCACAAAGAGCAGAUCCAAGCUCUUGAAAAUGAGUUCAAAAGAGAAAGAUCAAAACGCGAUGAAGAAACGGAUAAUAAAAUCUGGGAACUUAAUCAAGCACAUGCCAAAGAGGUCGCAGCUCURAAGCAAAACUUUGACCAAUCAARAGCAGAACUCGAGCAAAAAUUUUCGCGCCAAAAAGCAGAAAUGCGCGAGUCGUUUACGCGGGARAAGARUGARAUGAUGCAGAAAUUCGAGAGAGAGCUUGCCGAGCAACGCGAAGCUCUCGAGAAAGAGUUCUGUCAAAAUCUWAAUGAACAAGAAGCUCAGCUUAGAAAAGGAUUCUUUAAAGAAAAUUCUGAAAUGGAGAAGAAUUUACGGGAAGAGAAAUAUCAACUUGAAGAGGAAUUCCAAGAAAAAGUUGCGGCAAGUGAAAUGAGCUUCCAAAAAUGGAAAUCUGAAAUCGAGGAACAUUUCACUGAAGAAAAAGCAAAAUUACUUCAAACUGCUGCGCGAGAGAAAUCAGAUAUUGAAAAUAAAUAUAAAGAUGAAAUUACUGAACUGCGACAAGCAUUUUCGAACGGUGAAGCAGGCUUGAAAGGUCAGCUCAAAGARGACUUUUAUGGAAUGCUUGCAAAACACAAAGCCGAGCUAGAACAGAGCUAUGCUAAGUCAAAAGCUCAACUCGAAGAAAGCUUUUUCCGAGAAAAAGCCGAACUUCAGCGAAGUUCGUUAGUCGAGUCGAGCGAAGUUCGGGAUAGCUAUACGCGAGAAAAAGCCGAGCUCGAAGAAAGUUAUAAGAAAAAGAUAAAAGCACUCCAAGAUAAUUUUGCUAAGGAGAAAGGGGAAAUAGAAAAUGAWCAAUUGAAGGAAAAAGACAAAAUUCGCGCUGAACUYGAAGCCGAGUUUUCUUUCCGUAUGAAAACCGAUCAUGAAGAUCUGGAAGAAACUGUWAAACACUUACAAGGUGAAAUAAACUAUCUUAAAGAACAAAAGAAAGAACUCGAAACAAAAGUACAGAGUCUCGAAUUAAAGACACUUGGGCGCGAAUCACUUGAUGUCAAAGUUGCGCGAGAGAAGAUUUCCGAUCUCGAACGUAAACUUGAAUCGCUGUCGAAAGAAAAAUCGAAUCUCUUAAAAGAGAACAACGAAUAUAAAAUAAAAGUCGAUGAAAUGGAAAAAGAAAAUCAAGAAUUAACUGAGAGUGCCCUGGAGAAGCAGAAAAAGCUUGCWGCCAUGGAUGAGGUUCUGAUUGRAAAAGAAAUGGAAAUCAACGAACAAAGUGGUAGAAUAAGCGAGCUUGAGACGGUUAUUAGUGAAUUGCGGGAAACCAACAAUGACUUGGAAGAAAAAUUUAACAUCGAAAMGUCUGAGAAAGACCAACUUAAAGAAAAGCUCGAGGAAAGAGAACGAACAGUUUCUGGGUUGGCGUCAACUGAGACAGAGCUCUCGAGUAUUAUGUUAAAAAACCAAGAGAUUGAGACCUUACUGCGCACGCGUGACUCAGAAAAUGAGGAGCURCAAAAAAGACUCGAGGAUCAAAACAUGGARCUCGAGGCCGAGCUCGACGACUUGCAGAAAGAAUUAAAAUUGGAGAUUGUUAAAAGCCAAGGUUACGAGACUUUGCUUGAUGUAAAGGAAAACGAACACCGUGAUUUGGAAGAGCGAUUGAAAGAAAAAUCGGCCGAAAAYGCUGAGUUAGAAGAGCAAGUKAAACAGUURACUGAAACUGUGGCGCGUUUACAAGACAUUGAGAUCAAUGAACUGACACAGAAACUGCAAGAACAWAUMUCWYUAAAUGAUAGUCGUGAAUUGCAGCUACAAGAACUUGAAGAAAACUURUURGAGAAGACAAAAAAYAGCACRGAGCUAGARUCRAUCGUCGCRACCCAGAAAGAAGACCUCGAAGCUUUACAAAAUCAAACCAUACAUGCCCUUCAAGAAGAAAGCGAAAAUAGACGAAUGCGCUGUAUGGAACUUGAAGAGGAAGUUAGUCAGCUGACCAUGAAGAUUGCAGACAUUCAAAAUGUUCUUGUGCCUCAGCUUGAAGUCGAGGUUGAACAGAAGACGAAUAAAAUCAUUGCUUUAGAGGACCAGAUGCAAGAGAUGGUCGACAAACUGGAAAUGUUUGAAAACGAAAAGAUAAGCGAACUGAGUUCAAUACUUCAAGAAAAAGAGUCUCAAAAUGUACAACUAGAGCUAGAUCUAGAAAAUAUUAAAUUAGAAAUGGAGAAUAAUCAAAAACUUCGACUUAAAGAGCUGGAAAACAAGUUUGCAACCAAAGUGGCCCACAAUGAAGAACUCCAAAAGGAAGUCGAAGAACUUAUCAAGAGACUUACAGACGUCGAGAACAACCAAGUCCGCGAACUGAGGAUCUGGGUACGAGAAAAGGAGGACCAUAAUGCACAGCUUCAGCAGCAAGUGACACAGCUGACCAAGCAGCUCGCAGGCAUGGAGGAUAUUCGACGGAGCAAACUAGAAGUUGAAAAGACCAAAAGYGAGCUUAUUUCUCUGGAAAGACGACUCGACGACGUCAACCACAAGAAACUUUUCUUAGAAAAACAAAUGCAGGAAAAGAACGCAGAAUCGAAAGAGCUGUACGAAGAAGUUUGUGYAUUGAAAGAUAAAAUCGAUAAAAUCGAAACAUCAUAUCGCCGAGAGAUCGACAUUGAAAAACAGAAGGUCAUGAUGGCCACUACGGAGCUAGAAACCUGCAGGUCGAAGCAUCAACGAGAUAUCUCCGAGUUACGAGACCAACUACAUCGUGCUAACAUAGCAAGUGACCGAGAUCAGGCGCUWAGGGAGAAGGUUUUCAAUGAAGCAAAGGCUGAAGUUAUAUCRUUGAAUAAAAAGCUUGAGGAGAAAACACGCCGAGUCCGUGAACUAGAGCAGGCCAGUCAACUGUGGGAAAAGCGAAUCACCGACCUUGAAACACAGAAAAUGGCGAUGGCKAUGAAAGUACAAGAAGCACGUGACUCGUUAGACGAACAUGUAGCAAGACUAAGCAAACAGCUCCAGCACUCUGAGAUGAGAAACACACGCUCUGACACUCUGGUACAGGAAUUAUACAUAGAAAAUGCUAAGCUUACGAAAGCGCUWCAGCAGACAGAAGCGAAUGAGAAGAAGGCAGAGAAGAAUUUGAGGCAAUUAAUGGAGCAGAAACGUGCUUUGCAGCGAGUCAUAUCGAAACUUUGCGGCGCGAACGCCAUCGCGUAAAAACAACUCGUUAUCUUGACAUGCUAAAAAACAUAAACUACAUACAUUCCGCUCACGGAAAAACACUUUUAGGAUUUUAUAUAAAAGAACUAGGUAAUUUUAAAGUUGAUCGCCAACAUGUGUGCGUUGUUUUUGUUACAAAACAUACUAAGAUAGCAAUUUCCCUUUCAAUAUUCAUUUUCAUUUCAAUUUCCCUUUCACUUCUCAUUUUUCGUUCAUUCAUUCAUUUCACAGUUGUUUCUAUUUGUAAUGUUUGGAAGCAUGUCAAGUUACUUAUAGUACAAUAUAUUUAUCUUGAAAUUAGUUAGCGACUUAAGAUAUAUUUAUGGAUAGUCUCAUUUGAAACUCGCUUUCCAUGCACACGGUUAGAAAUCAUUUUACUUCUUCAUGAAGGAGUAUAUCUUUCAAAGACAAUCUCAGGCCGUUGUGUAUAUAAUUCGGCCUUGUCUAUCUACAUUCAAUUCCCAUUUGCAACUCGUCAUUCGCAAAGGGUUAAAAUAUAAGUUGAUUUGUUCGCGUUUUACUAUCAAUCAUUCUCACAUUUUGAUAGGCCUCAAUGAAUUCCUUGUAAAAUAUUAUGAUUAUUGUACAAUUUGCUACAGAAAAAUUCUAUUUUGUAUUUUUCUACCCCUUUUAUCGUCCUUAGAAUUUUAUCUCGUUUAUACAGGUUACAAUUGUAAAUAUCACUACAAAUAUAUUAUAUCGAAAAAUUCAAUUAAUGGAGGAAAAUAAGGACAUUUUGCACUGCAUAUAAGACYGAGGCUGCGUGUGCACGUAUCCGCCUGUUAUCCUUCAUGAUUUUGCAAGGUUUCUUGUGAUUGGAGGAAUAAAACAAUGCUCAUUGUUUCCUYGUUCUUAAAUYCWAUUGUUUYCUUUUGUUCAACAAAUAGCUAGUCAACCAAUCGGAUAAGAUCUUGCAAAACCGCGAAGGGAUACCCGUAUUCGGGCAUUAUUUUUAAUCGUAUUGUAUGCCUUAACGAAAACGGUUGUUUCCGAAACGAAAAAAUUGUGCAGUUUCGGAAAUAUGCGGAUAUCUGUAAACGCAGCCUGAGGAAAGCUAUACAAUUUUCAAUAAUGUUAUAAAUGUAGGUGUUUUUCAACAUAGAAUGCCUAAGUUCCUAUUUCUGGUCAAAUCAAAUAUUCCUAACAACUAAUUAAAUUCUCUCGAGUCUUUGCGUUUUGUUCGGCCAUACUGCUGUGAACUUCCACUAAAGCAAACAGCACUAGUUUGGUUUAUAGAUACACUUUUUGUUUACGUUAUACCGUGCAAUUAAUCGUUAAGAUAUAUAUACAAAUAGUAUUAAAGUUUUUUAUCAGUUGUA